GCGGAGCAAAUCCACAUCGUUCAGUCGUGUUCUUGUCAGUGAUCGUGAGCGUUCAUCUGACACAGUAAAGUGCGCAUAUUGUGCAUAGAUAUCGGUGGAUUCGUCUUUGGCGGUAUUAUUGGUGGGUACUAGGUGGCGUUAACGCGAAGCGUUCUCACUUCUUCACAAAACGACGAGUUGAGUCGCGUAAUUUUGACGACAACAUGGGGACGAUGAACCCGGACCUGCGACGAGAGCGUGAAAGAUGCAGUUUCGAUCCUAUGGAGCUUACGCACUUUUGGGAUGGCAACGUGGAGAGGACGUUGGAGCGGCGCGAGCGAGAGAAUUUCUUCCUUAGCGACCCGAUACUGCGCGACAAGAUACCAGCAAAGUACAAAAGCCACAAGGAGAUCUAUGAGGAUGCAGUAAUGAAAGGGUGCAGAGUGAUCGAGAAGGUUCAGGAACUGCAGGAGUCUGGAAAAGGCGGCAUAGAGGUUUUUUCACAAAUUUUAGGAGGCAUGUUAGGCUCGGCAAUAUUGAAAGACGGAAAUCCACUGACGUUACACUACGUGAUGUUCAUACCUGCUAUUAUGGGACAAGGCACCGCCGAACAGCAAGGCUACUGGAUAUCUCGGGCUUGGAGUUGUAAUAUCAUCGGUACUUACGCUCAGACGGAACUAGGCCACGGCACGUUUAUCAGAGGCUUAGAGACUACAGCGACUUAUGAUUCUGAGACUAAAGAGUUCGUAUUAAACAGCCCCACUUUAACGUCGUACAAAUGGUGGCCCGGUGGUUUGGGUCACACGGCGAAUUAUGCGAUAGUUGUGGCGCAGUUGUUCACAAGAGGAGAAUGUAGGGGCAUCCAUCCCUUUAUCGUGCAGCUCAGGGACGAAGAUACCCAUGAGCCCUUACCAGGUAUUAAGAUUGGUGAAAUUGGCACCAAGCUAGGAAUGAACGCUACCAACAACGGCUUUCUUGGCUUCGACCACGUCAGAAUUCCGCGGGAAAACAUGCUGAUGAAAAACUCUCAGGUGCUUGAGGAUGGAACGUACGUAAAAGCGUCCAGCGAUAAACUUACAUACGGCACGAUGAUGUUUGUUCGAGUAGUGUUGGUGCGUGACAUCGCCAGCUAUUUAUCGAAGGCCGUAACGAUAGCUGUGAGAUAUAGCGCAGUAAGGCGACAGAGCCAAAUAAAACCUGACGAGCCGGAGCAGCAGAUUAUGGAUUACGUUACACAACAAUACAAACUGUUCCCCAAUCUCGCCGCGUGCUACGCGUUUCGGAUUUCAGCCGACUGGAUCUGGGAUAUGUACAAUAACGUAACAGCCGAAUUGGAUCAAGGAGAGCUAGAAAGACUUCCUGAGCUCCACGCGCUAACGUGCUGCUUGAAGGCAGUCGCGUCGUCGGACGCGGCCACUGGCAUUGAGCAAUUGCGACUGGCAUGCGGCGGCCAUGGUUACAUGGACGCGAGCAACUUGCCGGCAACUUAUGGAUUCGUGACUGCCACUUGCACUUACGAAGGUGAAAACACGGUCUUGCUGUUGCAAACCGCCCGGUAUCUAGUGAAAGUUUGGCGGCAGGCCGCCAGCGGUCAACGAUUGCCGCCGACCGUAGAAUACCUGGGUAUCCUUUUGCGCAGAACAAAGCAGCAACCCUGGAAGAACACGUUGACAUGCAUCGUGACCGCUCAUCAGGCGGUCGCCGCCGGGAAGAUCCGCUUGGCAACGGAGAACUUGGAUCGCAGAAUACGCAGCGGUGUGUCGCCAGAGGAUGCGUGGAAUCAAACCAGCAUCGAACUAGCGCACUGUGCGGAAUCUCACUGCCGAGCUUUCAUAAUGACGCGAUUCGUUGAGAUCGCCAGGAAUUUAACGUCCUUGUCCAAAGAGUGCCAUCAGGUUUUCAUGCAGUUGUGCGAACUGUAUUCGAUAUAUUGGGUCUUACAGCGACUCGGAGACUUUCUACGAUUUUCCUGCCUGAAUACCAAAGAUAUACCGGCAUUACAGACGCGCUUCGAAGAGAUGCUCGCCGCGAUCCGUCCAAACGUCGUCGGCAUUGUCGAUGGUUUCGAUAUUCGCGACGAGAUUCUCGCAUCUGCGCUCGGCGCGUACGACGGCAAUGUAUAUGAGCGUCUAUUCGAUGAGGCGAUGAAGAGCCCAUUGAAUCAGGAAAGCGUGAACCAAUCCUUCCAUAAAUACCUCAAGCCUUUCCUUAAGAGUAAUCUAUAAAUAUCGCGUUUAUAUCGUUAAAUAAUGGUUGCACAAUCGAAUACACACACACAUAAACACACGCUAGAAAUAAAUAGACUUUAUAUAAUUAUAAGCUCAUGUAUGAUUUUUAUCUUUAUACAUGAUCACAUAUGUAAACAUAUAUGUGCAGCAAGUGAGCAAACAAAAACUCUAACUGUAUUGAUUUAAUAGUAUUUUUAUCUGUGUGAACGUAUAUAAUUACUUAUGAAAAUAUGUACGAAAAUAGGUAUAUGUGUGUGUGUGUGUGUGUGUGUGUGUAUGUAUAUGUGUGUGUGUAGAAACAGGAUUAAUUUGUUAUAUAUAAUUAAUUUUCCUUGUACGUAUACUUAUACGGUGGAUAGCUACAAUGGAAAGUUCGAGACAUUCCUUGUUUAUUCGAAAAUCUAUAUUAUUAAAAACGCGGGGAAGAAUCAUUUGUAUACGACUUGCAGUAUUUUGCGCGAUUUUGUAAACAUUCAUGAUAACUUUAACUGACACCGUAAACCCGAAGUAAGAUGACAAAGUGCGUACAAAUUUAUCAGUUAAUUUUACAGCGUAACUCCAGUCAUCCUCGCACAACACACCAUUAUAAUGAUCUUAGUAUUACGCAUCGUCUAUAAAACUGUCUAUGAAACAUUUUCCAUGAAAUUGCUACACGUCGCAAUGUGUGAUUCCCUCGCAUUCCUCGGCGAGGCGUUUUGUAUUGUCAUUUAAACGCAGGAUACACAUGUGAAAAUUUUCUACGAUGAAGAGAAAACAAAAACACGCAAAACGUUUCGCGCAUCCCUAUGCACAAUAUAGCAAAGAAAAAAAUAGGACUAAUAUAUUUUUGAUAACGUAAUGUUUUAUAAAGUAUAUUAUAUGUCAAGGGAGACGUUAGAGUUUAUUGUGAUGUUAGAAUUAAUUCAGUAUCUUUAACAGAGUUGGCUGUCUCCGAAUUUUGUAUCUACAGUUUUAUGAUUUACCGGUGCUGGAGUAUGUGUACACAUGCUACGGUGAGAUGUAAUCUGAGGGCGCUAUCAUGUUGCACAUGUAAAAUUUGAUACAAAUAAAGCCAGAUAAUAAUCUUCCCUCGUUA